UGCAGCUUCAGUCCCUCUCAGCUGAAAACUCACCGACACACUUUAUACCAUCUCUGCCGGGGUCCUGUUGACUUUACAUCGGCACAGGUGUCUUCUGGAGAAUCCCGCGUCUAUUCUCACCUCAGAUACUGUUUGUUUUUUCACAGAGAGUUCGAGCUGAAAACCAUGAGUCACCUCAACCCAGGACUUCUUUCUGCCUACAACAGUCUCACAGACAGACAUCUGGCUGGAUACUUCAGCAACACUCCGAUCAGGAGACACCUGCAGAGAGCAGGGCUGAUCACCAGGAGUGGGCGUAUUGUUCCAGACAAGGAGUACAGACACAAGCUGGUCCAGAGAGCCCAUCAGAGACACGUUCGAGAAUGCCUGGCCCAGGCCAUUUUCCACAAGGUGCUGGAGAUGGAGCGUGUCCAUCAAAUAGAGAUCAAAAGGAAACUGGAGGAGUUUGCAAGGAGGGAAAGAGUGCAUAAGAUCAAAGUGGAGCGCUCUAAAAGGUAUGAAGAAGACAUCAUCCGCAUCCUGUCUCCACGCCCACCCACGGGUGCCAGGUGCAUCCGAAAACAACACUCUGGGCCAGAGGGGGAACACUCCGAAUCCUCCGAGUCCCCGGGCUCGUCUCGACCCAACACCGCUCCGGGGAAGAUGCAGAGGCCGGUGCGCCUGAAGCCGAUCCACAGUAACAGCACCACAGCUUUGCUCAGACGCAGCUUCCCUCACAGAGUCCUCGAGUCCUCCAAUGACAACGACCGGCCGUUCAACAGCACCAUGGACAAGGUGUCCCGGAGACGUUUGACCACAACAGAGGUCUCCCGUGGCAUCUCGCCCUACUGCCUCCCAGUCAUCAACAACUUUGUCACCCCAGUGCCUCCAUCCACGAAGAGGAAAGAGAGGGGAGCAAAGGUCACUCCGAGCGGCACGCUCAGAGGCCGCAGACUGCGUCCUACCACGGCCUCCAGCGGAGCGGACCUCAAUGAGGACCCCCCCAUGCUGAGGAGCUCUGUGCACCAGAGCGGAGUGUGUGUGAACAUGAUGUACUUCGGUAAAACGGUGCAUCUCUCCCACGACCUGACCGAAAUGAGGGACGAGGUCAAAGUGUUUCAGCAACACUGUGGAGGAGAGAACCUGUGUGUGUUCAAGGGAAAGCUCCGCGAGGGAGAGACUUUCCAGUUCACCUCAAGGCGACACCGAGGUUUCCCCUUCAGCUUGACUUUCUUCCUGAACGGGCUGCAGGUGGAGCGGCUGAGCUCCUGCUGCGAGUUCAAACACAGGAAGGGUCCCCGACUCGGUGGCAGGCACGGGCACUUUGGUUUCUGCAGCGUAGAGGGAGCCUCUCCCUGUUACAAGUGCAUUAUAGCAAUGGGAUUGGACAAGAAGCCCAGUCCUCCACCAAAGAGGGUGAAAGAAUAUGAAGGCAGAGAGGAGUCAGUCACCAGCCAUAAGGAUGCUCCUGAGAUGGAGACAGAGAGGAACGGAGACGAGGCUGCAUCCCAUUCAGAGUGUGAAAGCAGCCAACCACAGCACACCGAGACUCAAGUCACAGAAGAAACAGCAGCUGAGGAGGACAAAGUCAGAGAUGAUUAUGAGGAAGACUUUGAAGUAGACGAUGAGGGCCCUCCAGAAGACGUCAAGGCAAAGGAAAAGAAAUCCUCGUCUCCAUCUGGUGAAACUGAAAGGCAGAUUAAAGAGAACGACGCCUCUGAGAGCGAAGACGACGAGAGGGAUGAGGACAUUAAGUCUCAUUCAGGCUCCAGCUCCUCAGGCAGCGACCGGGAGGAGAGUGAUGCUGAAUCCACUAAAGACUCCAGAGAGGACGAGAAACCUAAAGAGGUCGAUCAGGAGGAGACUGUUGUUCCACCAGAUGACAAAAAAGAUGAACCAAAUCCAGAAGAAGCCGCUGCCACUGAGGCCGAGCCUGCUGUGCCUAAAGACUCAGACAUACAGGACAGUGCGAGGGACAGCACAGAGAGAGAAGUCUACGACACCGGCGUCCCCUCGGGGAACGAGAAUAAACAGAGUGGCGACACCUCUGGAGACAAAGAGGAGGAGAAAACAGUAGAGGAGAACCAACAGGAGGAGGAACAGGAGAGAGCCAAAUCUGUGCAGGAGAAGCUGGCAGAAGCCAUACUGAAGGAGUCCCAGUGCAGCUCAGAGCCCGAACUGAGCGACACCAGCACCGAGGAGGAGGAGUCCACAGAUAAAGGCCCUGAAAUAGACAGCAAGGAUGCAGUUGCAGUACGAUCUGUGACAUUUACAGAACAGCAACCGACCAUUGAAGAGGAGACAAAAUGUGAGGAAGGUGUUGUUGGUGAAACUGAAGAGGUGAAGGAUCACGACGAGACGUCUGAACCAAAAGAUCGGGAGAACGAAACCGAACAAGAGCCCCAGGAGAGCAGUGAUAGCGCUAAAGAUGAGACGGUCAAAGUAGAGGAGGCAGAUGAAAAGGCUUCAUCAGAAGAAGACAAAAACUCAGCAGAGAAUGAUAAACCAGAGCACACAGAAGAUACAGCUCUGCAUCCUGUAUCUGAAGAGGAAAUUAUUGAGGACGACAAGACUUCAGAACCUCAAGAAGAUGCUGCAGCUAAAUCCACCGAUGGUGAUGCUGAAGAGAAAGACGAAGAAAAGGAGGACAAAACUGCAGAGGAGGCUGACGAGACGGGGCAAGGAACAAAAAGCGGCGAGGCGGAUGAGUCAUCAGUGUCAGAGCCGAAUAAAAAGACUGAUGAGACAGCAGCGCCUGAUAAUGCGGAGGCGAUGACAGUGAGCGAGACAAUGGAGAUGAAAGCAGAGCCCUCAGAGGAGCGAGAGGCCCUCAACUAUGAAGAGGCACCUGUAACCGACACAGAGAAGAGGCAGGCGGGAGACAGCAAGGACAGAGACACAGCAUCAGAGACGGAAGUCACAGCGGAGAAUUCACGCAGCUCGUCGGAGGAGAGCGGAGACACCACAGUUGAUAAAACAGCAGAUUCAAGUGCAAAAGAUGUGGGCAGCAAAGAUGAUAUUAAAGAGGAGGAAGUGUCAGCAGUAGAGGAUAGUAAAGAUGACAAUCAACAACACGUGGGUGAUCUGGGAGAAGAGCAGACAGAAAAAUCAUCUGUGGAAAUAGAUGAUGAGGUAGAGGAGAAAUAUAAUGAGGAAGAAAAGCAAACAAAUCCAGAUGAGAAGACAGGAGGUGAAAAUAGAGAGGAAAGUGAAAGGGAGGAUAAAGACGAGACAGAAGAAGAAAAGAAUAAUGAGAGUAAGACAGAAGAAAGGAUAGAAAACAAGGAAAACAUUUCCGAGUGGACUAAAAGUGACUCAAACACUGAAGGAAAUGCAAAUGAAGAACAAGCUGAGGAGCACCACAGUGAAGAAGAAGUGAAGGUUGCAAAUGAAGAGAAUGCAGACAGUUCAGAAAAGACAGAGAAGGACGAAGAUGGCGAAUGUGCCGAGAAUAAAAAUGACGAAGAGGAGUCUGAAGAAAAGGGAGCCGCGACUGAUAAAACUAAUGAGUGUGGAGAGAUGAACUCGGCUGCUGAUGAAGAAAAGGAUGAUGAAGCAGAAAAGAAAGAGAAAGAUCAGAACGAGGACAAAGCGGAGAAUAAAGAUGAUGAAGAAUGUGAGGAGAAAAAAGUUGUAACUGAUAAGACCGCAGAAGGAGAAGAAAUAUCUGAGAUUCCAGAGGAAUCUGAGAAAAGCGGAGAUGCAGACUUGGAUAAGGAUAAUAUGAACAUAUCUGAGGAAAAUAGUGCUGAGUCAGAGGAUGUCAGUGACAAGGAAGCAGCAAAUGUAGCACAGGGGACUAAAACGGCUGAAGAGACGCCAAACAAUGCAAUGGAGGCUGAAGAUGUAAUGAAGGAAACUGAAGGAGGACCUGACAUCAGUGAAAAGGGAGAAGUUGAUGUUGAAAAUGGUGAAAUUUCUCAUGAGGAUGAGGGAGAGGCUCAAACCGAGGGCAAGGAUGGCGUGAAAACAGCAGAGAAUACCGAAGAAGAGAGAAAAACAGAGGAACCUGCAGAAGUUGAGAGCACAGAGAUCAAAGAAGUAACUGUGGAGUCUGGAGAUGGUGCUGAGGAACAUGAAGACGACAAAGUCGAUGACUCCGAUGUGGUACAAAGUGAGCCAGAGGACGGGAAUGAUGGUGUGGAGAAGCAAGAUGAAUCCAGUAAAAAUGAGUCGGAGCCGGAGACAUCUGGCACAAAAGUAAAAGAGGAAUCAAAAUCAGAUGACAGAGAGAACGGUGAAACAAAACAAGAUGAGGAUGGCAACAUUCCUGACCCUAAAAAUGAUAACACAGAUUCAGAUUUGAUGAAAAAGAGCGAUAACGUCCAGAGUGAUGUCAGCGAGGUCAUAGCUGCUUCUGCAGUUGAUCAGGCACAAUCUUCAACCCCCACCACUGUGGAUGCAGACGACACACCUCACCAGUUACACGAGUCCACUGCACCGUCUGACCCCAUGACCGACAAACACCCACACGCUGACGAAAACGCUGCUGCAGCUGACCUCUCCGCCGCCGACGGGGACAACGGAGCAGACGCAGAGGAGGCGAGCAAGGCCUCGGAGGAAGGAGCAAGUGUGCUGCUCAAACCUCAAGCGCGGUCGUCACAGCUCACGCAAAACAACGACGACGCAGAAGAGAGCAUUCCAGUAGGUAGUAACCCUCCAGAGGCCUUGGCGAGGGAAGACAACACAGAUCUGGUCACAAACUGGGUAACCAUGCAUCAAACGUCAAAGUAUUUUGAGACGUUUGUUGAGCCUCUAGAAGACUUGAAGGAAUCGACUUCAGACACUCAAGUGUCCAACUCUAAUGAAGAAGCGGCACAAUCUGCAGAGCUGCCGAGAUCAGCGAGUCCACUUAAGAUGGCGAAGGUGUCUGAAAAUGCAGAACAAGAGCACACGGCAAAAGAUGUAAAUGAGUCAAGGGACAAAAGCAAAGAGGAAACUGUGGCGUCAAACCUUGAGAGCGAUCACUCCGAAGACGGUGAACCGCGUGAGAGAGACACCCUGAAAGUGGAGGACGAGACUGGGGUGAAAGACUUGAUCCCCAAAACAGAGAGUGAACAGAAUGAUGAGGAGUCUGUGAGCAGGCAAGACAUGAGGUCAGAGGAGCACAAAGGAAGCAGGGGAUCUCUGGAAGAAGACAAUGUGCAAGAGGGUUUAAUGCAGGACAACUCUGAGCAAACUGACAUUUCUAAGACUGAAGUGGAAAGCAUUGCAGGUACUCAUCAUUCAGUAACCAGCGGGAGACCCGAGAGUGUCUCUGAGAACCAAACUGAGGAGAAAACUACUGACAAUGCUCCAGAAACACAAACCGCAAUUGAAGAGGUGAAAGAUCUUCUCCCAUCAUCCAAAACAGAAGAGCAUCGCGAAGAUUCGAUCAGUCCAGAAGGCCUCUCCAGAUUAAAAGCGAAUGAACCGAACGAUAGCGUAGAGACGUGGGGAAAAAGUGAUGAACAAAGUCGAGAAGUUACGGAAAUAACUGAUUUCACGACAUCGAAGUCCGACGAUGGAAGCCAGGAGGAGUCCCAGCAUAGAGAUGCGCAACCUAAAUUGUCAGACGGCAGCAUCGACGGAGGCAAACGAGACGUGCGGCUGAUCCAAGACAUCAAACACACUCUCAGUAAAGACCGGCUGAGCACUUUCUCGGUGGAUGAAACACUGUUCGGUCGAAGUUCGUAUCCUUUGCUGACCGCUGUGAGGACGGAGAGUGGACAUUAGGGCUGCAUGCUGCUGAGUGGCACGAAGGUACGGUGAUGCUUUAUUUUACUUUAGUGUACAAGGAAAAACAUACAUAAGAAGUUAUAAAAACGAACAGUUAGACAAUCAGAAGGCUACAUUUAGAAAAAGAAACAUUCGUAGUGAUCAGAAAAAUACAAAGUGAAUACAAGAUGAUUCUAGUGUUGACAGAGGGCCCUCAAGUGUCUUAUGGUUUCUGUGUUUACAUUACAAUGGCUUCUUAAAUAGUCUUCACCCUGCAAUCACCAAAAAGAAGAAGCUGCAUGAUGAGCUUUGACCGCGGUAUAAAAUGUUUACAAUAGACCGUCUCUCCCUAUUGUUGGUAACAAAGAGACGUAGGUUGUGAGAGGUAUCAAGUGCAGCUGCUGUCACCUGUUUCCUGUAAACAGAUACUCCUCCACUCACGCUGACACACUGUUGAAUAAUUCAUAUUUGUUGGACUCCCACAGCUUAGUUUGUCCCAAGUACACUUUGCGUUUCCACUGAUGUUACGGUACCUCAGCUUUGAUCAGAGAUCUGUAAUUGCACUGCGUCUAUGUUAAUGACAGUUUUAGCGCUUUUACAUCUGUUUCUAUGACAUCGAGACAAAAACACAAAGUGGAUAAUUCAUUCGUUAUUGUGUUGCUAAUAAGUCAAAUGAAACUUUAUGAAAUGUCAAAUCUAGGCACUGAGUUGUGUCAUUAUUGCUGCUAACGCUACCUCUUAUUAAAAAAAACUAAAAAACACUUAGUAUUUAUUUGUAUUUCCGUCAUCUGAUUUUAAUGGUAGUGUGGGUUUGUGAGGCUUCAUCAUUUCAUCUGUCAGUGACUGAACAUUUGUGUGAUUUGGCCGCUCAAAAUAAUAAAACACGUGCGAUGAAUAGAGACUUUCUGCUUCUUCUGCUUUUCUUUUCUUUUCUUUGACUUGAAUGAAGAUGUGUGUACAUUGAACAAAUGCACGCAUUGACUGGGAACUUGGAUUUAAAAUGUAUGUAAACCAUGUGCACAAAAACAGAUUUUGCUUUUCAGACAUACAGUAUUUACAAACGAAAGCAUCAACAAAAUGUUUACAUAAUGUACAAACAAACCUAUAACACAAGCCUAGAGAUAUUGGGAACUAACAAUGUAUUAUAAAUUCAUAUACAAGUCAUACAAAUACAGUAUGCUACAACAAACUACAAAUUGUUUUUUGCAAGUUAGCAAUAUCCACUAAUCUAUUGAUACAGUUAUACUUAAAAUGAACUGUCAACAACAGGCAUGAAUGUCUGCAUUAAUAUGGUCAUAUGGUGAUAUUAGUUACUGUCCUCAAAGCUGCCACUGCUGCUGUAAGAAGAGCAGACUCUCAUGGUGCUCAUGGGGUCAGACACGUAGCCUGAAAAAGAGACAAACUGUGACUCACCAUUUAUAGUCGGAUACAUUUAUGAAUGAUAUUGACAUAACAACAUUAGUACUAUUCUACACUUUAACUUUAAAAAGUACAAUAUAUGAUAUUGAAAUGUAAUAGAGAAUAAAAUAAACAAUAAUUAUAAAUACCAACAUUGCAUAAGAAGUCUUCAAAAGCACAUUUGAAGGCGACACUAGUAUACAUGUAUUCUGCAAACAAACCAUUUCGAUCAAUGGGAGAAAACUGCAUGUUCCUUCUGAGUUCCUCCAGUGAAAGGCCUCCGGAUGCUCGACGCCGCUCACUGAAAAAUAAAACACAUAACAAAAUCAACUCUUACUCAUUAAUCUACCGCGAAACAACACCAGCGCAGAAAUAUAUACAGCUUCGUUUACAUGGAGAGAGACAGAUGAGAUGGAGCUAGACAGAAGCAGGAGGAAUUCAAUAUGUAAUGUCCGACCUAAUCGCAGGCUGCUCUCACUUUCUCUUCAGGAGUUCAGUAAUACAACAUUGAUGACAGGUUUGACGGGGCGACCGCGCACAUAUUCUGCACAAUGUUCAUGUUGCUUAGCAAUUGAUAUUUGAACAUUUUGUACAAUAUAUUUAAGAUCAGUGAAAUUUAAACUCCAUGUGGAUGAAUUUACACUUCAUUGGGGAUGUAAACACUCAGAAUGGUUGAGUCUAACCUUUUGAUGGAGCACCAGGGAAUUAGAGAAAAGACAUUGCCCCGCCACAAUAACCCCACCUCUUGUUUCUGGGUUCAUAGCGACUGUUACCAGGCUCCCACACACACACGCACACACAGUACAGAGCCUGAAAGCCAGGCGUCUUAUCGUCGGUCAGAAUGCCAUGCAUGUUUUAUUGCAUUUGCUUUCCUUUUGUUUCCUGCUCAGUAUCCCAGCAACUCCAAAUCCUCACUGUUGCAGUGUUAACUGGUCUGCAUGUUACUGGUAAAACAAUU